AUGAUAGAAUUUCUAGGAGAAAAGGAAGUAUGCAAAAGCUUUGAACGAAAUUACUCAGGUGAAGCAAAUGUAAAAUAUAAAAACGGAGACAAAUUUGUUGGUACUUUUGAAAAUGGAGAAAAGAAAAAAGGAAAAUAUUAUUAUUCAAAUAAAAGUAUAUAUGAAGGAUUUUAUUUAAAUGGAAAAAAAUCAGGUCUAGGAAAAUUGAUCAAGAGCGAAAAUGAAUUUUAUUAUGGAAAUUUUGAGAAUGGGAAGAAAAAAGGAAUAGGUUUUCAAAAAUAUCCUAAUGGUGAUUUUUAUUAUGGAGAAUGGAUAAAUAAUAAAAAAAAUGGAAAAGGAAUUUAUUAUUUUUAUUCAACAAAAGAAUAUUAUUUUGGAGAAUGGUGUAAAGGAAAUUUUAUAAGUGGAGAAUGGCAAAUAUCAAACGAAUUAAAAUAUAUUGGUAAAUAUUUUAAAAACAAACCUAAAUGUGUAGGAUAUUUCUUAUUUUCUAAUGAGUUAAAAAUAAAUGUAUUCUUUAAACAAUUACUUAGUAUUUCUAAUAUAAAUAAAAAUAAGGAAGAAAAUAUAGAAUUGAAGUGGAAUUAUAUAAACUAA